CCCAGGCAUAAACGGUCGGGUUCACCGGCCAAUCCUCUCCGCUUCCGACGCGGGACGGCCUCACCGCACGGAGAGGGGUCGACGCCAUGACGCCGGCCGCCAUAUCCCACCACCACCACCGCCUCCUCCUCCCCUUCCCGUCCCCGAUCCAAACCCUAAACCCUUUCGCCACCUCCUCGCCUCGCCCCCGCCAUCAACUCCCAAAAUCCAUCGUCAUAUCCCUAUCGCCCCGACCAGCCUUCUCCUCUGCCUUCGCGGUCGCUGCCGUCGACGACGACGAGGAUGUCGUCAUCGGGGACUGCCUCGUGUUUGACGACGAGGCCUUCGAGGAACCGGACCUCGACCUCCCCUCGUCCCCGCCGCCUCCGAGCGCCUCCCGAUGCGGCCGGAGGGCGGAGGCCAGCUACGGUUCGAGCCUGGUGCCGGAGAGGUGGAGGGAUGCCGCGGAGGAGAUCAACCUGACGAAGAAGGAGAAGCGCCGCAUAUCUCAUGGGCUGCGAUUCGGGAGUCGCCUCGAGCGGCGGGCGCCCCCGGCCGUUGCCGCCCCUGACGAAUUCCGCGCGUACCGCAAGGGGACGCUGCAAGGGGAGAGUGAGCACGUUGCAAAUGUAUACUGGGGGCCACUGGAGAGGACUCUUCCGCCGGCAGAGAAGGUGGAGGAGCCUCCGCCGCCGGAGCCGGGGACGCGUGUGGCCCCGAAGAACCCGAGGAUGGGGAUGGAUGUUGGCAGCCUUGAGGACAUUUCCGAGUUUUUUAGCAGUCGGGAGUAUGUUCAGGGCGAGAUGGAAGACAGCAAAGGCCCCAAAAACCGUCAGAAGCUAUUCUCGAAUGAGGAGAAGGUUCUUCUGAACAAGCGAGUGCCUGAUCUGGAAGCCGCUGCUUCUAGUAAAUGGCUUCCACUUCACACCCUUGCUGCAUCUGGGGAUUUCUAUCUGUUGGAAAGUCUUUUAAAACAUAAUGUGGACAUAAAUGCGCUUGAUAAGGAUGGUUUGCCAGCAAUUCACAAAGCAAUUCUUUCAAAGAAGGCUGCUAUUAUCAACUAUCUUUUAAGGAACUCAGCAAAUCCAUUCAUCCAAGAUAAAGAUGGUGCAGCCCUAAUGCAUUAUGGUGUCCAAACUGCAUGCAGUCAGACCAUAAAGACUCUUUUGCUGUACAAUGUUGACAUCAACCAUCCAGACGAUUAUGGAUGGACACCUUUGCAUCUUCCUGUACAAACACAGAGGACUGACAUUGUGAAGCUACUGCUAAUAAAGGGGGCCGAUAGAACUCUGAAAACCAAAGAUGGAUUGACCCCUUUGGAGUUGUGCCUCCGUCUAGGCCACCAUGUGCGGACAUAUGAGCUUAUCAAACUACUUAAAAGCUUCCGAGGACAAAAACAGCAUGCUUCGGUUUACCUGGAGGGUGUGUGACCAGUUGGAGUCAAUGAGGUUUAUGGCCGAGAUUGGCUUGCUGGGUGCCACUUUUCAGUGUACGGUAUUGCUUUGAGUUUGAGGAAGUAGUUUACCUUCAGAACUGAAAGCAAUGACAUGGCAGUGCUCCUGGCCUAGUUUUCAAAGAAAAAAAAACACUGAAAGCAAUGAGUAGAUCAGGUUACAGUUGAGAUUGAGCCCAUGAGAUUGUUGAUGACCAAACCUUUCCUUAGGUCAGCGCUCAACUAUAAUUGGGGGUGAGCCACUGAGCUAUGACAAAAUAUAUGUAAUGAAUGCCAAAAACUUUUAUCAGAUUCGCAUCUGUCUUCUCCUUUUGGUCCAUGGGACGCGUGUUUGGGACAGCCUGAUCCCGGCCCAGUCAACGUGGGGGCGGGCCAGGAAUUUGACUAGAUUUCCGCCCUACCAACGUGCAAUGGGCCAUGAUUGCACUGUCCCAAACAGGCCCUUAGGUGGAGACCUUUUUCACAUUUAUUCAAUAGUUGUACGGGGUAGUAUAUGCAAAGAAACAUGAGUUGUACCUACCCUUUUUCCCAUAUAGUUUGCUGUGAUGGAUUGGGAAAUUCCGUUAUUAAAUAUUGGAUACAUUGUUUC